AUGGGUGCAAAAUUUUUGUUUGUGUUGAGCUUACUAGUUUGUAUUGCAGAAGCACACCGUCAAAUUCAAAACAAGCUUUUCAAUGUGAUCAAUUAUGGUGCACGUUCUGAUGGAAAUACCGACAAUAGUGCGGCAUUUUUAAAAGCAUGGAGUGAUGCAUGCAGAUGGAGUGGAAAAGGAAAAGCAACUGUUUUGAUCCCACAAGGGACAUAUAUGCUUAAGGAAGUUGUAUUUAGUGGUCCAUGCAAUGCUUGGAUGAACUUUCAUAUUGAAGGACUAUUGAAAGCUCCAAGUGAUCCAUAUUCAUUUAAGAAUGGUGAUUGGAUAAAUUUUAGAUAUGUUAACAAAUUAACUGUUGGUGGAGGUGGUAUAUUGUAUGGUCAAGGAUCUUCUGCUUGGAAAACUAACGAUUGCAAAAAGAAUUCAAAUUGUCGCUCGCUACCAAUUACGAUGAAAUUUGACUUCAUCACCAAUGGUUAUGUCCAUGACAUGCAUUCUAUCGAUAGCAAACAAAGUCAUUUUGUGUUAUUUGGAUGUGAAAACAUGUUACUUAGAGGACUGAAAAUAACAGCCCCCAAAGAUAGCCCCAACACAGAUGGUAUUAAAAUAGGGAUGUCAAAGGGAAUAAAUAUUUCAAGUGUGAACAUUGGAACCGGCGAUGAUUGCAUUGCUAUGCUCUCAGGUACUAGGAAUGUUCGAAUUUCAGAUGUUUUUUGUGGUCCUGGUCAUGGAAUUAGUGUCGGAAGUCUUGGUGGGAAUGAAGGUGAAGAAGAUAUUGAUGACAUUGUUGUUAAGAAUUGUACCUUUAAUGGCACAAGUAACGGUGUUAGAAUCAAAUCGUGGGAGUCUCAAUUGAAGAAAACUUUGGUUGUUUCUAAUUUUACAUAUGAAGAUAUUGUGAUGAAUAAUGUGCAAAAUCCCAUUGUCAUUGAUCAAGAUUAUUGUUCACAUCCUCCAUGCAUCAAAAAGGGGGUUUCAAGUGUGCAAAUAAGCAAUGUGGCUUACAAAAAUAUUAGAGGAAGUGGAAAUACAAAAGUUGCAGCAAGUUUUGAAUGCAGUCAAAAUAAACCAUGCCAAAACAUUAGAAUGGAGAAUAUUAAUUUGUGGCCUUCUGGUCAUAGUAAAAAAUUAAACAAUGUGUGUUUAUUUGUUAAGGGUGCUACUUAUGGCACACAAAAUCCCCCUUCUUGCAUAAAAUAG